AUGUCUUCCGGUGACUGGGAAGAAAUUAAAAGAUUGGCAGCAGAUUUUCAAAGAGCUCAACUUAGUUCAGGAGUUCAGAGAUUAUCAGAGCGAAAUUGCAUUGAAAUCAUCAGUAAACUUAUUGAAAGCAGAGAACUUGAAGUUGUGUUUACAACAGAUGGAAAAGAGUACAUCACUCCGGAACAUUUGAUUAAAGAAAUUAAGGAUGAAUUAUUCGUUCAUCAGGGAAGAAUCAAUUUGGUUGAUUUAUCGAAAAUAUUAUCAGUCGAUUUAAAUGUCAUUUCGUCGAAAGCAGCUGAUAUUGGAAAAUCAAGUUCUGCGACGACAAUUAUAAAUGGACAGCUAAUUCAUAAUAAUUAUAUUAAUUUUCUCUGCGAGGAAAUUAAUGAAAAAUUAAAAUUAAAAGGAAGAGUUACUAUAUCGGAAUUAUCAAGUCAAUAUGAUUUGCCUAGUGAUUUUUUAUUAACCAUAUUUGGAAAUAAUUUAGGAAAAACAAUUAUUGCUCAGGAAGAUCCACAUGACAGUCAUGCAUUUUUUACAGAAGCGUAUAAAAUUCGUAACAUAAGUCUUGUUAAAGGUGGACUUUUAGCAUUAACAAAACCGACUCCUGUUUCAGUUAUUUUAAAUUUAUUCAGUAUUGAAGAGCACCUGUUUUACUUUGUACUUAAUUUUUUAAAUAACGAUAAAGAUGUUGCCGGUACUGUCAGCGGUAAGGAAGGUACAAAAUCGAUUUUCACACCUACAAUAUAUUUAAAGUCUCAGUUGGAAUGGGUUCGAAAUUUUUAUAAUCAAAAUGGUUAUUUAGAAUAUAAUGUUUUGUCAAAUAUUGGAAUUUCAAAUCCUGCUAAAUUCAUAGAAAAAAAUUUUUCAAAUUUAAAAUUAUUCAAAUUGGAUUCUUGUGCUGUCGGAGAAAUUAUAUUCGAUCAAAUCGAAGGAGCUCUUGAAGAUGUUAUUUCAACAGCUACGUUUGUUAACAUAUUGCCAAUUUUGCCAACUAUUGCAGAUGAAAAAGACGCAGAAUUAAUAUUAAAUGAAAUUAUAAAAAAAAAAUCAUAUAAAAAUUUAUACGUUUUUGCAUCAUCCGUAGCUGUCACAGAUCAGUAUUUGAGAAGUUUGUUUAAAAUAUUCGACAGUGAAAUUGAAAACAAAGCUAAAGAAUGUGUCACAUCUGGUGCUUAUUUUAAAUUUAUUUCAUCUCAAGAUAAAAGUGGACAUAAAAAUAGUUUCGAUGAUGAAAAAGCAGAUUCGAAAGCUGAUAGGAAAGAAGAAAGAAGGAGAAAAGCAGCAGAAGGAAAAGGUGGUGGAGGCACUCAAGGAAGAGAAACAAAAACUAAAUCGACCAAAAAGAAAUAUGGUAAAAACGUACAAGACGACGACAGUUCCGACGAACAAAACGCGAAAAAAAAAGAUGGUAAUAAAAAACUUGAAAUUUUGGAUUUGAACGACAUAAAAGACAUUCUGAGAAAAGAAGAACUUCUCGACGAAGAAGAUUCGGACGAGUUGAUUGAUGCCAUCGCAGAAUAUUUAUAUCCGAAAUUACACGGCAUGGCUUUGGAAAGCGCGAAAACCAUUUUCGAAUCAACCCUAGCUUCGACGAAUCAAGAUAGAAGGAAAAAACAUAACGAAUUACAAGAUAAAAUCAACGAUUUGGUUCUCAAAGUGAGAAUGUUCGAAAAGGGUUACAAACAAUUUCCAUCGAAAGACGUGCAACAGCAAUUGGCGAAAUAUUUAUUAAAAACCAUAUGCACCGAUAUAGCAAAAGAAAUUUUCACAUGCGUCGUCGAAGAUGAUGGAAAAUACGAGGGAAAAGAAAUGACACCGGAAUUGAGAACGAAAAUAGCCAAUUCCAUGUCGAACGAUCGUAAAGAACCGUUACAAACGUUAAAUAAAAGUCUUGCAAGUUCUUCCGUUGAUGAUUUUCUAAAUAUAAUUGAUGACGUUGUCGGUCCAGGUUUCUGUGAUAUCUUAUUGAAAAAACCUGAUAAGAAAAAGGAAAAAUUACAAUUAGUAGAACAUCGUCAGAGGUUAAUUGACGAAUUAAAUGUCGCACACGAUUCUGCUUUUGUUUUACACGUGGCUUCUUUAAUCAUUUUCCAAGAGGUCACGCAAACUAUGUUGCACGCAUCAGGAAAAUUCGUAUCAAAUAUUUUGUCAUUUUUACAAAGCAGUCUGCCAUCGGAAACGUUUAGCGCUUUGCAAAAAUAUCACGAUUUGGUUCUCAAAGUUUUAACCACAACAGAUUCAGAAGAAAAAUUAAAAAUCGAGCAAUUGUUAGAUGAUGAUAUGUUAUCGAUAAAAGAAACGGCUCUCAAUUUUAAAAAAAAUUCUGGAAAAGUGACUGAUUAA